CUGUGGGGUACAUAUGAAUAUGAGUUUUCCGUUCCAUUUCAAAUUGCAAUCGGCUGACUUCUAAAAUUCACCACUCAUCCUCACCAUGCAGGGCAAGGUUUCUGACCGAGGCAAAGGCCUUGCCGCACAGAGGCCAUCUUUCCUCGCUGUAUUGAGUGAUCAAUGGUCUCCGUCAUCGAACCCCAACGGGAUCGUGAAUCUCGGCCUUGCCGAGAAUACACUUAUGCACGCGGAGAUGGUGGGCUUCAUCAAUUCUCAUCUGCAAACCAACGCACAUGCAUUGACCUACGGGGAUGGGUUCAGCGGCUCCCACAAUCUCAAAGAAAGCCUUUGUCGCUUUAUGAACCGUCAAUUCUCGCCUCGGACUGCGCUAUGCCCCUCCCAUCUUGUCAUUACAUCUGGCGUCAGCAAUGCGCUUGAAUGUUGUGCCUGGGGUUUAGCAGAUCUUGGAGAUUUUUUCAUGGUCGGACGGCCAUAUUUCAAUGCAUUUAGGACGACCUUUGGAAACCGGCCAGGAGUUCAGCUUCUUGAAGUCGAUUUUGGAGAAAUCGAUCCAUUCAGCAUAGCCGCAGUCCAAAAAUACGAAAGAGCAUUGAUUGAAGCGAUAAGCAAAGGCUUAUGCAUCAAAGCCCUUGUCUUAUGCUCACCACACAAUCCGCUUGGACGUUGCUACCCUGAACAUGUCUUGAAAGAAUACUUGAAGUUCUGUUCAAGAAAUGGACUUCACCUUAUUUCCGACGAGAUCUAUGCGCUAUCAGUCUGGGAUAACCCUCGUCUUCCCAAUGCCCCAGGUUUUAGAUCCGUCUUGUCUAUAAACCAAGAGGGGAUCAUUGAUCCUAGCUUUGUACAUACUGUAUGGGGCUUAAGUAAGGAUUUCGGUGCAACUGGACUAAGAAUUGGCUGCUUGGUUAGUCAGUCGAAUAAGCUAUUUCUGGAGGCUGCAGAGGGCAUUUCCCUCUACAAUAUUCCAUCGAGCCUCGCAGACCAGGUUACUACAUCGCUCUUGCUAGAUGAUAGCUUCGUUAAGAAGUAUAUUGCAACUAAUCGGGCACGCUUGGCUGGCAGCUAUCAUUUUGCGACGAAGUGGUUACGGACCCAUGGAAUUCCUUACCUUGAGUGCAACGCCGCGUUUUUCAUUUGGAUUAACUUGAGGGCUGUGGUAAAAGAUGCCACUGCUGAGGAUAUUCUUGUAAGGCUCCGAAAAGAGGGAAUUUACAUCGCGGCUGGUGAACAUUAUGGGGCAGAAGAAACGGGGUGGUUUCGGCUGGUUUUUUCGCACCCGCUAAACAUAUUGGAGGAGGGACUGAACCGGUUGAUUCAGUCCGUUCAGUAACAACUUUUACUUUCUUCAAUUUAGUCGAUUAUUUUCUGUGUAUUGGACUGAAUCCACGUGACUUUUAUGCAAC